AUGGUACAACAACAGAACGAACUUCCUACUUUUGAUGAUAUUAUUACUGCUAUUAAAGUCGCUAGUGCUGUUAAUGGUAUUUCUUCUGCUGCUCAUGGUGCCGUUGAGGAUACUGGUCGUCUUGGUGAUGCUGCUGUUGCUCUUGCUGGUGAUAUUCAUGAUUUAGUUACUUAUGUUGGCGAUGCUGGUGCUGUUGUUGGUGGUAAAAUUGCUGAUGAUGCUGUUACUGCUUAUGAUGAUGUUAGUGAUCUUUUUGAUCAUCUUUUUCGUCGCAUUUUUGAUCAUCGUCGUGUUAUUUAUUAG